UCGACGUCGUCGUCGUUUUCCUCCUCCUCCCAUUAUCACUCCCGUAGAGAGAGAAAGAAGAGAGAGAGAGAGAGAGAGAUCCAUGGCGAUGAGCUCGUCGAAGACGAUACGGAGGCUGGAGGUGGUCUCCCCCGUCCCCGCCGACAUCGACAUCGCCAACUCCGUCGAGCCCCUCCCCAUCUCCGACAUCGCCCAAGCCCUAAACCUCGGCCCCAAGCACUACGAUCUCUACGGCAAAUACAAAGCCAAGGUGCUUCUGUCGGUUCUCGAUGAGCUCGAAGGAGCCGAGGAUGGGUACUAUGUUGUGGUGGGAGGGAUCACUCCAACCCCGCUUGGAGAAGGGAAAUCGACUACUACGGUGGGGCUUUGCCAAGCUCUGGGAGCUUUCCUUGAUAAAAAGGUUUUUACUUGCCUUCGCCAACCGUCACAAGGACCCACUUUUGGAAUUAAAGGCGGUGCUGCUGGCGGCGGAUACAGUCAAGUCAUUCCCAUGGAUGAGUUCAAUCUUCAUCUAACAGGCGAUAUUCAUGCAAUUACAGCUGCAAAUAACCUUCUCGCAGCCGCUAUUGAUACCCGUAUUUUCCAUGAGGCAUCUCAAUCAGAUAAAGCUCUCUUCAACCGAUUAUGCCCACCUAACAAAGAAGGUAAGCGCACCUUCGCCGACAUUAUGCAUAGGCGUCUCAAGAAGCUUGGUAUAGCAAAGACCAAUCCUGAUGAGCUCACACCUGAGGAAAUAAAGAGAUUUGCCAGACUUGAUAUUGACCCAGAAUCUAUUACUUGGAGACGAGUCAUGGAUGUAAAUGACCGUUUCUUAAGAAAAAUUACCGUUGGGCAAGGCCCAGAAGAAAAGGGAAUGGUGAGAGAAACAGGGUUUGAUAUAUCAGUAGCCAGUGAGAUAAUGGCUGUAUUAGCUCUUACGACUUCACUUGCAGACAUGAGGGAAAGGCUUGGUAGAAUGGUUAUAGGAAAUAGUAAGGCUGGCGAACCAAUAACAGCUGAUGAUCUUGGUUUAGGAGGUGCCUUGACCGUAUUAAUGAAAGAUGCGAUUAACCCCACUUUAAUGCAAACCCUAGAAGGAACCCCAGUUUUAGUCCAUGCUGGCCCUUUUGCCAACAUUGCCCAUGGGAACUCCUCGAUAGUAGCUGAUAAAAUCGCACUUAAGCUUGUUGGAAAAUCGGGUUUUGUAGUCACGGAAGCAGGUUUUGGUGCUGAUAUUGGAACUGAAAAGUUCAUGAAUAUAAAAUGUCGGUAUAGUGGUUUGGUGCCGCAAUGUGCUGUUAUCGUGGCGACGAUAAGGGCGCUUAAAAUGCAUGGGGGUGGGCCCGAGGUUGCGGCAGGGAAGCCCUUAGAUCAUGCUUACUUGGCUGAGAAUGUGACUCUCGUUGAAGCUGGAUGUGUCAAUCUAGCCAGGCACAUUGCCAAUACAAAGGCUUAUGGAGUUAAUGUUGUGGUUGCGAUUAAUAAGUUUGCAUCCGAUACUGAAGCAGAAAUGAGUGUUGUGAGAACUGCGGCUUUGGCAGCUGGUGCUUUUGAUGCAGUUGUUUGCACUCACCAUGCGCAUGGUGGAAAGGGAGCGGUUGACCUUGGAAUUGCUGUUCAAAGAGCAUGUGAGAGUGUGACACAACUUCUGAGAUUCUUGUAUCCUUUGGAAUUUAGUAUCAAGGAAAAGAUUGAGGCAAUUGCCAAGUCUUAUGGAGCCAGUGGCGUUGAAUACUCAGAACAGGCUGAGAAGCAGAUUGAGAUGUACAGUAGGCAAGGCUUCUCAGGUUUGCCGAUUUGCAUGGCGAAAACCCAGUACUCAUUCUCUCACAUCCCAUCUCAAAAGGGUGCUCCCACUGGUUUUGUUUUACCAAUAAGGGACGUGAGGGCCAGCAUCGGAGCAGGCUUCAUAUAUCCACUCGUUGGAACGAUGAGCACGAUGCCUGGUCUCCCAACCCGACCUUGUUUCUUUGACAUUGACAUCGAUAUAGCCACUGGAAAGGUUCUUGGCCUCUCUUAGACUUUUGAAUCUUGUAUUGUUGUUUACUCUCCUGCUGGAUCCUCAAAAACUUCCUCUUGUUUGUAGGCAUUGAGCUGAAUAAUAUCCUUCCUGUAUUGUUGUUUUGUAAUUGUUGAAUAUUAAUUUAUGAAUAAUAUCUUUUGUACUCCAUGUUUAUGAUC